UUAAGGAGUAAAUCAAACCAAAAAAAAAAAAAACAAAAAAUCAGUUUGACAAUUAAGGUAUUUUGUGAUGAAAUUGUUUCACCGAGUGAUAAUACAUUUAUUUGGUAAAAACAAUUGAAAGGAAAAUGGAAGCGGUGCCUAAGCUGCCUAUGAUAAAUUUUGAGUUGAAAACAAGCCCGGAGAAUACACAUUUUGGUCCAAAACUAAAGCAGUAUAUAGCAGAAGUUUAUAAAGAGGAACCGGAUACUUACAACAAUGAAAUUCAUCAGCUGGAAUGCCUGCGGUCGGCCGCCGUAAGGGCAACGAUGGAUGAUGCUGGCCUCAGCGCUUUGACCAGAUAUUUUUGUCAAUUGCGUGCUUUGCAAAGCAGAUUUCCCAUGGGAAAGGGGCAACCCGCAGCUUGCUCGUUUGCCUGGAAAGACCUGUACGCAAGCAUGAGUUGUUCGCUGUCCGACAUAAAGUUUGAAAUGGCAUGCAUUCUGUACAACAUUGGAGCCCUGCAUGCGCACAUAGCAUCUGAAGAACCUCGGACAACAGCAGACAGUUUGAAAUCGGCAUGCACUCACUUCCAGAAUGCUGCAUGGGCAUUCAUGUAUUUGAGGGAGCAGUAUCCUCAGCCUCCUGGCGUUGAUGUGUCUACGGACAUCAUGCGACUGUUGCAGGAGAUUUGUUUUGCUCAGGCUCAGGAGUGUAUCCUCGAGAAGAGCAUACAGGAUACCAGAAAGCCUAGCGUUAUUGGUGCGGUUGCUACCCAAGUCUUGUUCUUCUACAAGAACUCGAUGGCCCUGCUCGGACCCUCUGCUGGCACUGAUACCAUCCAUGAGAUCAUUGGGACCAGACUGUACAACUACUGGUACAGAUCCUUGUCAUUCAAGGCUUCGUACAUAGGAUGCAUUGUUUGUUUGUACCAAGGUAUGCAUGCUGAAGAGCAGCAGAAAAUGGGCGAGCGUGUAGCUUUCUACCAGCUAGCUGUCGAGAAGCUGGCGGAAGCCAGGAAGCUGAUGAAAUACGUCGAACCUGUGCAGAUGGCGCAAGAAGCCCUGACGUUCACGAACGACGUGGUAGAAGGCAAACGAAAGGCGGCCAAGAACGAGAAUGAGUUUAUAUACCACGAGGAGGUGCCUGACAAGGAUCUGCUUAUGGACAUGAAGCCCGUGUGCCUGGUCAAGGCGCUCGCCAUCAACUUCAAUGACCCUGAGGUGACAGGCCCGGACAUAUUCGCGCGCCUGGUCCCCAUCGGCGCGCACGAAGCCUCCUCCCUGUACUCGGAGGAGAAGGCCAAGCUCCUGCGCCACAUUGUGUCCCAGGCAGAGGCGAAGAAUACGGAGCUGACGGAGUUCAUGUCCUCUCUACAGCUGGACCAGUUAGAGGUCAUUGACUCUGAGCAAAAAAUACCGCAAGAGAUUGUGGACAGAUGCGCCGCUAUGAACGCGAAGACAGAAAUAAUACAGUCACUAGUCGACUCGAUGAACAACCUCGCCGAGAUCAUAAGCGACGUGGAACACUCUUUAGCUGAGAUAAAAAAUCUUAUUCAGGAGGAAACGCUGAAAGAGAAAGAAUACCAGAAAGUGAUGGGCCCCCGUCCUCCGUCCAUAGUGCAAACGGAGUUGUCGCGCGAGUACCACAAGUACGCGGAGGCGCACGCGCGGACCACGGACAGCAACCAGGUGCUGCACAAGGCCAUGACGCUGCACAUCGCCAACCUGAAACUCCUCGCGCAGCCGCUCGACGUGCUGUGUGACAAGAUACCCAGCAUCGACAAUAUAGAGGGUCUGGACCGCGGCACGAUGUCGGAGAUGCGGCGCGUGGUGCGCAAGGCGCGCGACAUGCAGGCGCAGCGCGACGCGCUCGUGCACGAGCUGCGCGCCGCGCUCACCGCCGACGACGUCACCGCCAAGCUGCUCGCGCGCAACACCGACCACGACGACGACUUCUUCAAGCACGAACUCGACAAGCACACGCCUAAGGUGAAAAUAAUCGAACAAAACUUGGCGGCGCAAGAGAACAUUAUCAACAAGUUGACGUCACUGUACGCUUCGUACGGAGACUCGCGACGUCUGUUAACUGACGUGUUGAGGAAACGAGAUGGACUUAUAAACGCUCUAAUAACAUCAUACGACACAUACGAAGAACUUCUGGGCAAGUCGCAGAAAGGCCAAGAGUUUUACAAGAAGCUUGCGCACAACGUCAACCAGUUACUGACGCGCCUGCGCAGUACGUGCCAGGUGCAGGAGGAGGAACGAGCGCAGCAUCUCGCGCAGCAGACCAGUAAAGCGCCCACGCCAGCUCCGACGCCGCCAGCGCCGUCGAAGACCCCGGAACUGUCCGCUGUACUCCCCCCAGGAGGGCCCAGGAAGUUGAAGGACUACCUACCUUAUAUGAAGAAUAGGACGAUGCCCAGAAGUGUUACGCCGCAAGCUCAAAUGGAACCAUUGCCACAAGAUACUUACUAUCCUGAGAAUAUUUAUCCCACGUCCGUAAGGCCGGCGCCUGUGGGAUCUGAAGCAACUGACAUACCACAAAUGCAACUACCAGACGGAGUUGUGAUGCCGCCAAUGCUAAACAACCCUUACGACCGUUACGCGACGCCCUACGCGCCCACCGAGCCAGAGUACACACAGAACUACGCGUACGCACCCGCCAGCAAACCGUAUGAAAAGCCAGAGGACGCGUACCCUUACAACACUGCUUACACCCCGUCGCAAUACUCGGCGCCGAUGUCCGAUCAUCAGCAACAAAUAUACUCCAACCCUUAUUACUCCGCUCCGCAGAAUAACGGAACGGUUGUCACUGAUACCCAAAAUCCAAUGGCUUAUAAUAAUAUGAACGUCACCCCGAAUCAGUAUGGAGUCUAUAAUGACCCCUACGUGCAGAACGUCCAAGCUCCGUCCAACCAACCGGUGCCGGAUGUGGUGUCUUCAAUGUCGACCUACAACGCACCGCAGGCGGAUUUGAAUGUGAACUUUUCUCAAAUGCAAAUAUCUGUGCCAAAAUCGGAGCCAACGUUUGAUCAAAGUUACGGCCAAUAUUAUAGCCAAUAUCCGCAGUCGUCGACGCCGAAUACGUAUGGUCAACAUGCUGCGGCGAGUUUGCCUCAACAAGUGCCUUAUAGUCAACAAGGUAAUGUGCCCUCGCAAGUGCCCUACGGUCAACAACCAACUUCUAAUGUACCGUCGCAAGUUCCAUACAGUCAGCAAUCAGUGCCCAAUGUACAGUCACAAGUGCCGUACAGUCAACAAUCCGUUCCCAACGUUCAGCCACAAGUGCCAUUCAGUCAACAGUCGGUCUCUAAUGUACAGCCACAAGCACCGUACAGCCAACAUUCAGCGACCAACUUGCCAUCACAAAUACAAUCUGAUUACAAUUCAAUGAAUUACCAGUACAACACCGAGACUGCUCAGUUCGGGCAAAUGCAUGUGAACCCGAUGUACAGUGCGACAGAACAGUACAGCUACCCUACAAGCUCGUUCGCGAACGCGUCUCAAAGCUACCCGACGUACACGAAUGCUACCAAUGCGGUGACAUCGACUACCAACGCUACUAGUACUACCACAGCUACGUCAUAUCCGUUCCAACCGGAGGCUGAAUACAACCCCGCUUUGGCGCAAUUAGACGCAUUUGAUAAACCGAUUAAGUCCCACGUGACCGGCGAAGCCUUAUCGACUAGUGUGAGCUACCAGCCCGGAUACCAGUAUGACGCAAACGCCCAAAACUUUAACCAACAGCAACAGAACUAUCAGCCGACCAGUUCAUAUGGGUACACAGAUCAAUCGAAUGCGAACUACUCGCAGAGCUACCAGAAUCAUCCGGGUUAUACUUUCAACUCUACCAGCGGGAAUUAUGAGUAUAACUACGGGUCUCAGAACUCGUACAGCGGUGGGAACGCGCAAGGGAAUGUCGACCCUCAGCCUGGGAAUAAGGACGCAAAUUGGUCUGCUCAGGUAUACACUAACGCGGGGACGUAUGAUACGGUGCAGUCGCCGUCGGAGUCUUCGCACAUGCCGAGUUCUUCCGAGCAGGCUCCGAACCAGACUUACUAUAACUCGCAACAAGGUCAACAAAACGCUAGCCAGCCAAAUGAAGAAGCACUCGCUCCACAGUCAGCCACAGUAAAUUACACCGCCACCACAAAUCAGGCGACUUACAUGCAGUCCGGCCAACAGCGCGACACCAGCGUCACCUUCAGUAGUAACCAAGUUUCGUCACCGAAGGAAAAUGUCGUCGAUCCGCCUAAUUUUGAUCAAAAUGUCAGUCAAAAUAGCGUAGCGACCUCUGUUGAAAUCUCACAAAGUUAUGUAAACGAACAAAAAGUUCCUGAAGUUAAAGAAACAAUUAAAGAGAAACCCGUAGAGGAAACUCCGUCGGCUAAAUCAGAACCUUCCGUAUUCGACUUACUAUCCGAUAUCGAUUUUACUGUCGAACAAAAGCCUCUGAUGCCCGACAUCAAAGUGCCACAAAUAUCAGAGAGCAUGAUCAAAAAGCCAACGAUAGUGCCAAAGGUACAGCCUGUUAAGCCUCCCCCAAAAGAGGAGGUGAUAGAAAGGCCGGCAAAGAUGGACAUUUUUUCGGACCCUAGUUUGUUAAACAAGUUCACGCAAGAGGUGAAAAAUCUACAGAAGUUGGUCGAUUCGUUGACGGAGAAGACGCCGAGUGGACUGACCCUAUUGGAUUCCAAGUGGAAGACGUUCCAAGAUGCACAGACGCAAGAGAACAUGACCAGAACAAAGACAGUAGCGAUGCAGCACACCAACGGCAACAUUGUGACGGAGGUUGUGCCCUACGACGACUCGAGACUGACGCUAAAAAGCGACCCUAAUGCUUACAUCAACGCGUCCUAUUAUAAGCAAUUAGCUCCCUGGUGCAUUCCCCUAGUGAUCUCAAACAAUCCGACUGAGCAAGAGUACGUUAUAUUCUGGAAAGCGGUGUUAGAAUACAAGAUAGCGUGUGUCGUCUGUCUUCAGAGUGAAAUCGAGAUGCAAGGCAAGUUCUACUUCCCGACGGCUAAAGGCCAGUCGCUUGAUCUACCUGGAGGGGUCAAAGUCAUACUGGAUGAUGUCACGUGUACUGUACAUUGGACGGAGAGGAAGCUCACUGUGACGUGCGGCAAAACUGUGCUGAACGUCACUCACUAUCAGAUCAACGUGUUUCCGGCUAAGAUCGUAUGCACGCCGCUGGUGCUACUGGUGGACAAGAUCUUGGGCGCGACGUUCUCGCAGCGUCUGAGCAACCAGCUGAGCGGCGCGUGGCUGCAGUGCGCGCGCGGCGCGGGCCGCAGUGCCGUGCUCGCGCUGCUCGCCAUGGCCGUGUGCCAGGUGCGCGCGGGACAGAUACAUCUCUGCGAUAUGCUCGACGCAGGUUGUACAAACUUGUACAAACACAGAUGUAACAUACUAGAAGACACCAAGUAUCUGGCGGAUGCGUACAGAACUACGCUGUUCUACGUGCAAGGAGUAUUGUGUUCAGGCACAACAAUGUUCAACGGCGAGGCAGUGUCGGUACCAUCGGGCGCCGCAGUCUUACCCCCGGUGACCCCCACGCCCUCCAACACAACAUCUACGCAGAGAUCCAAAUUCUCACGCGAAUCCUUUGAAGAAAUGAAACAAUCACCAGGGCUCAAGAGUGGCGAUAUGAAAGAUCCACUCAACUUUUUAGACCCACUGUGGAGUCUCAAGAAGAAAUGAGGACGUUAUUUAUAAUCGAACAAUUAGGGUAUUUUAGCAUUUAUCGAUAUUUAUAUGUAAUAUAAACGGUAAUGUAGUGAUAUCGAUCAUUCUUUGAAACUUCACAAAUCCAAUGUCCACAAAGUCCUGUGUCCUGCCAACCAUGUAACGACAUAUAACAAUAACUUGGAGGUGAUAUAAAACACCCAUUAUAAUUCUUGGACAAACUGUGAAGUUUCAAGAAGGAAUAUGGACUUAAUUUUUAUAAUUGAUCAAUAAGAGUAUUAUAGGGUAUGUUUAUCGAUAUAAUAAUAUAUUUAAAUUCAACACAUUAUCGAUCUUUAUAAUAUCCAUGCUUAGAGUGUACUGCCUACUUAUCCUUUAAGUGAACAAAAUAUUUGUUAGGAGUCAGGACUAAUGAUGCAUGGUGUUUAUAAUUAACUUUGUAAAAAAAAAAAUUGAAUUUUCAUAAACAAGCAAUUAAAAUAAUCGAUUUCAUAACAGUCGAGGAUGUUCGUAGAAAUGAUGUUAUAUAAUGCAGCUAGUUAAUAUUUUAUAUGAAUUGAAAAUUGUUUAUCGAUAUUAAAAUAUUGUUAUUGCAAUUUAUACUUAUUUAUCGAAAUAAUAAAAAAUGAAUUUAAUGUUAUUCGUAAUAAAUCAGAUUGGAUGACGAAUAAAUUUCGGAUGUUACUUAAACUGGAAUUUUUAGCCCUUAGAGCAAAAGUCGGGCUAUGAUUUUAUGAAAUGGAAGUAAGCUCACAUUCGUGGAUGCACUAGCUUCGACUCUGCCUACCCUUACGAGAAUACAGGCGGAUAUGGUUGUCCAUACCAAUACGAGAUUAUUUCGUUUAAUAUCAUUGUACGGUCGGUAUACUCGGGUUAGUUGUCACACUAUCGAAUUAAUCGAGCAACAGUUAUCGAUAUUUUAUCUCGGUGAGUCAUCAUUUCGUAAUUUGUUUACAAAAAAUAUAGUUUACUGUCAUAGGUUAUCGUGUCUCAACACUAUAUUAAACAGUUUAUUUUUAAAUGAUAAUUGGUUUGGAUAAAUGGUAUGCCGUGAGCGAUCAGAUGCAUUAAAUGUUUAAAUCAUUUCCAUCACACCAUCAGGACAAAAUCUGAGAUUUUGACUCUUGGGGCAAACUUUAGCAAUUUCCAACUCUUCCCUAUCUUUCUAUUUGAUUAAUGUUGUUGCGGGAUAAUGACAAAUUAGUUUUCCCUGAGACUCGCCGAGCUUCACCGCUCGGUGCCAUAAAAUGCGCACCAGCUGAUCCUGGCUUACAGGAGUUGUAGUGGCGGCUGUGAGGGCGGGAAAGUCUCUUAGGGCAAACUGAAAAUAACUCAGUGGCAUAAUUGUAUGAUACGACUGCAGUGCUGAGGUCUCGGUCUCGAUUUUUGAGUCAGGCAGUGAUAUUGGAUUUGUCCCCCCAUGUCAACCCGGACUGGCAUUUGUUUCUGAUAUGGCGAUAGGCUUGCCACUUAUGGCCGAGAUGUGGGUGUAUCAAUUGCGCUUCUGCCUACCCCUUCGGGGUUAAAAGGGGUGUGUAUCCGUUAAACUGCCACACUAUGUCUAAUAAUUACACUGCCUACAAUGUCCCUCAACUGACUGUUUAUAUGUUUGGCGACGAUUUCUUCUAUUCAGAGCAUUUAAUUCACAACAUUGCGUAAUAACUCAACCAUGUUGUAUACAUUCCGAACAUACCAUUCGAAAUAUAAUAAUACUUAAAACAAGAUGAUAGUGAUGCACACUGCCUCAGGUGCACGUUAUCUUGCUACAAAUUCACGUAUCGCAAUGCACAUAAACGUGUUUGUUUUCACUGAUUACGUAUUCUCUGUAUAACCUAAUUUUGUUGUAAUUUUUUUGUGUUUUUUCUGGUUAGGGCAGUGGUUGUUAAAGUGUUUGAUGUCAGCCUUCUACUGCCUAAAAUAGACCCCUUUUUUUUUCAAUCCAAAGAA